AUGUUUAUCAAGGUAAUGUUUGGAGCCGGCUGCUGGGAGCUGGUGAACACUUGGUGCAGCCUGGUGACCCUCGCUGCCCACCUGAGGCAGAGAGGGAAUGUCCCCCCAGACGCAGCCCUUGCUCUCCUGGCAGAGGACGGGCGCCUGGUGAGCCUGGAUGAGGACCCAGAGGAGGGGGCUUCCCGGAGCACAUCCAUGGGCAGUUCCCUGCUGGAUGAGCGAGAGACUUAUGUCCUUGUGCAGAUCAUCAGUGAGUGGGGCCCAGGACUCUCCCCUGUGGCUAUGGUGAGAUGGGGAGAGGGCGGUGCCCCUACCCGCUAUGAGUCCCUACUGGAGAACCUGGAUGACGAGUGUCCAGAGCUGGCAGGUGCAAACAGACAGCAGCCCAGCAGGAUUCCUCUUGCAGAACCUGGAAUUUCUGAGAAGUUGCAUCAGCAAGAGGGGAAAGGUCACAGAUGGGACAUAAGGCAGCUGGGGUACAGAAAAAGGGAUCCAGUGGCAGAGACAAGAAGGGUAGACGGGGCAGUCAUCCCUGAGAGCAGUAGAGCAGGUUCAUUCUGGAAUUCCAGUCCCCAGAGUCACAUGCCCUUGCAGCCACCUGCCAAUGCCUGGCCACUGCACUUGGACUGCUCAAGGUAUCUGUCCUCAGCUAUGUGCAGUGCAGAUUACAACAGGGCUCCUCCUCCCACCUAGGACCCCCCCACACACACACUUAAGGUGAUACAUUUCAUAC